AUUCUCCUGCGGGUUGACUGAACAUCAUCACGUAACGUACAUGUUUCUAUUGGCGUCGGUGGCCAAAGAUGACGUGUUAUUUGUGAGACAAGUUUCCGUCGUGCGUUUGAACGCCGGUGGAGGACAUGACUGUAGUCCUCUUGCAGCGGGUCGAUAAACAAGGUGGAGGAUGUCUGCUGCAGCUCUGCGACUGAUCCGCUGUCGGAAGCUGAGCACAGCUGGGCCGCCUGGAGUCAGGAGAGUGUUUCAGUGGAAACAUUUAAGGAAGGUUGCUAAAGUAACUGGUGCAGUUGUCUCGGGGGGCUGUCUCUUUAUCACUUACGAAGUGGCGGUCUUGGACAAGGCUGUGACUAUUGACACAAGUGCAAUCUAUCAGGAGAAGUACAAGUCCUAUGUCUAUCUGAAAGCCACGCCCUGCGAUGAAAAGGAGAACCUUACUGCAGGGCUGACACACAAAGCAAGGAGGGAACUUCAUAAAGCAGCAAGGCGGUUUAUGGAAAUAUCAUCUAGAGUUAUGCUGCAAUCACUAGACGAGCACUUCAGCCAUGGUGAUGCAGACCCACAUGAGGUGGCAUUAUGGGUCUUACUGAAGAAAACAAUGUCAGCCAAUAAAGCCAUCAGACUACAAGCCGUUCAGGAGCUUGCAGAAAAUCACCACUGGCACGACUACCAGUACCAGACAGCAGCCCAGGUUAUAGACCAGCGAACCGCAGUGGGCCUGUCCCGGACCCCUCAGGUAGACCUUCGAUUCUUCCUGCGCUCACCUGCACUGCCUGACCUGGAGGAUGGUUUGUCGGCAGAGGAUGGACUGAGGCAGCUGCUGGCGUCUCUGCCUCAGUCUGAGGUGGACAAAUGUGUUCAGUACUUUACCUCACUGGCCCUCAGAGAGAGCACCCAGUCCUUGGCAGCACAACGGGGUGGCCUUUGGUGUUUUGGAGGUAAUGGGCUGCCUUACGCCCAGAGCCUCACCUCGGUUCCCUCUGAGAAGGUGGAAUCCUUCUGCAUACAGGCACUUGUACAGCACUCAAAGGUCCACAGCCACUGUGACCACAUAGUUGCCAACGGUGGUCUGCAGCUCCUCCAGAGGGUUUAUCAGCUUCGUAGAGACUCCCUGAAGAUUCAGAGGAACAUUGUUCGUAUCAUAGGAAAUUUGGCGCUCAAUGAGAGUGUUCACCAGGCCAUAUCCCAGUCUGGCUGGGUAUCGGCCCUGGCUGAGAUGGUGCAGUCUCCUAAUGUCAUGCAGGCGUCUCAUGCAGCCCGCGCUCUGGCCAACCUGGACAGGGAGACGGUGAAAGAGAAAUAUCAAGACGGCGUCUAUAUCCUCCACCCUCAAACACGUGAUAACCAGCCAAUCAAAGCAGACGUGCUCUUCAUCCAUGGGAUUCUUGGGGCAGCUUUUAAGACGUGGAGGCAGAAGGACCGCAACAUGUUAGACAAAGAGAAGGAGGCAGAAGGCAGGGAGGACUACACAGAGUGCUGGCCAAAGUCGUGGUUGGCUGCCGACUGUCCAAAUCUGAGAGUCCUAUCAGUGGAGUAUGACAGUCACCUCAGUGACUGGAUGGCCCAGUGUCCCGCUGAGAAUCAGAUGAAGUCAUUGGCCUACAGAAGUCGAGAGCUGCUAAAGAAAUUAAAACUGGCCGGAGUCGGAGAGAGGCCUGUGGUCUGGGUAGCCCACAGUAUGGGAGGAUUGCUUGUGAAGAAAAUGCUGCUGGAUGCCUCAGAAGACCCAGAUAUGCAAUCACUGUUAAAGAACACCAAGGGGAUUAUGUUCUAUAGUGUUCCUCACCAUGGCACCUUUAUGGCAGAGUACUCGGUCAGUGUCAGAUAUCUUCUCUUUCCCUCGGUAGAAGUCCGAGAACUUUGUAAAGACUCUCCGGCACUGCGCAACCUAAAUGAGAACUUCCUUAACAUGGUCAAAGAAAAGGAAUUCAAGGUGCUGAGCUUUGCAGAGACGCUGCCAACAAAUAUUGGUCCCAUGAUCAAGAUACUGGUGGUACCAACACAGUCAGCAAAUCUCGGCAUUGGGGAGCUCAUCGAGGUGGACGUAGAUCAUCUUAACAUCUGCAAGCCAGAGAAGAAGGACUCGUUUCUUUACAAGCGCAGCCUUCAGUUCAUCCUGGAAGCACUGCAGAGCUACAUUAACCACUGACUCAAAUACAUGAACCUAACACACUGAUAGAACCUACUAUUUACUUUAAAUGACGGGGAUCGCUGACUAAAUUAAAACAUAACUGGCUAUCCUUAAUGCACACUUACUUAAACCACUAAUGUAAUCAUUAGAUGAUUAUAUUUUUUACAAAUUGAUUGCUGUGAGCUGUCAGUUUUGAUGAAAACCUUUGCUCUCCUAGUCAUCCUCCUAGAUCGCACUCUCUCACGAGUGAGUCAGAAUUUUAAAGAUCAUUCAAAUUUUUAAAGAACAUUAUUUCAAAUUUCAACUCAUUUAAAUUUAUUCUAGAUUUUAUUUCCCCUUCUCAUCUUUGAUUUACCAGUUCCACAUUUGACACCAUCUUACAAUAUAUUUACUCAAAGAUGCACCACCAUGUAUUUGCCACUCAGGCGCCUCAGUACUUUUCAACAGAUAGGUUUACGUUUUUUAUUUUGUACUUUUAUGUAUUUUAAUCAAACUACAGUAUAUCAGUCAUAUUGUCUGCCAAACGGAUUCCUUCCUGAACUUUACCUCAAAUGGACCUGUAUUAAUAUUUUUCAGGUUGCUUUAUUUAUUUGUUUAUAGUCCAAAUUGCCUCUAGCACGGCUGACUGAAUAAAUAUAUGAAGUUGGAAUCUGA